UGAGAAGUGAUCUGGUGCCAGAAACUGAGAAGCAAAGAAGGGAGGAAGGAGGAAACCAGGGGAGUUAGUGACUGUUUCAAAACAACCUGGAUCAUUUUGGAUAUAUUUAAUCUAUUAGCUGUGGCCACAAACACAAAACAGUUAGACAUAUGUGUUGGCCGAUGUUCGGUGAGGUAGCAAGCUCGCCCUGGAGUCGCGCGUCGAAGUCGUGGCUGAAGAAGUUUCACAGCGGAGCGGCUAGCCGUUGACGUUAUCACCGGGACCGUCGUCUUCCGCCGCCGAAGCCCGAAGCGAAACCGACAGAAAACAUGGUGUCGUGGAUGAUUUCGAGAAGUGUCGUGCUGUUGUUUGGGACUCUGUAUCCUGCAUAUUACUCUUACAAAGCUGUCAAGACCAAAAAUGUCAAGGAAUAUGUGCGAUGGAUGAUGUACUGGAUUGUUUUUGCUCUGUACACUGUGGUGGAGACUAUCACUGACCUAACAUUUGCAUGGUUUCCUCUAUACUACGAGCUGAAGAUAGCCUUUGUGAUAUGGCUGCUGUCCCCCUACACCAGAGGAGCAAGUCUCAUUUACAGGAAGUGUCUGCACCCUCUGCUGUCCUCCAGAGAGAGGGAAAUAGAUGACUAUAUUGUGCAGGCCAAAGAGAGAAGCUAUGAAACCAUGGUGAACUUUGGCAAGCAGGGACUGAGCAUCGCAGCCACCGCCGCCGUCACUGCAGCUGUCAAGGGUCAGGGUGCCAUCACAGAGAAGCUGCGCAGCCUGAGUAUGCACGACCUCACACAGAUAAGCCAGCAGGACGGCAGAGGAGACCAGCUCUACCAGUACAGCUCCCACUCAGCCAACCCCGCGAUUAGGAGAGCUCAGAGCAGUGAUGCUGCAGACGUAGCAGAGUACUUUUAUGACCAGGAGGAGAGGACGGACGAGGAGACUGAGCCAACCUUCUCUGAAGACGAGGCCGUCACUCAGAAAGGACUGAGACGAUCGCAGAGUGUCAAGAUCACGCGGUCCAGAGUCCGCAAAGAUACUCGUUAUGGAUCCCUGAAGAUUAAAAGCAAGAAGAGACCAGCACUUAGCGCUGUUAAUUAUGGGAUCUGAAGAGACUACUGCUGACACACACACACACACACACACACACACACACACACACACACACACACACACACACAGACACACACACAGAGUAGAUUGACCUGCUGAUUGGCGGAUGCUAUUGUCAGUCUGUAAUUCCAGCUCUUCUCGGUCUGAACUCUUUCAUCUCUCUGAUGGGGAGCUUUAUGCUGACAUAUUUAUUACCCUAACUCAUAAUAAAUCAUAGACUCUGAGAUGUCUGUACAUUGUCUUUGGGAGCACAAUGUACAGACUUUUCUUUUUUUUUUUGCAUGGAUUUUUUUGUUUGUGACUUCUUUUUUUCUUUAGUAGGUGUGAUGUUAUAUAUCUGUGAUCUUCUAGAUUUAAGAUCCAUGUCUUCAUGUCUUUUUGUUUCAUUUGUGGUACCAUUUUAAACUAAUGCUUUAUUAAUUGCACAGGUAUGAGCUACUAAUAAGAGCAGGGCUUUGGGUUGCCAGGUUUUGGUGGGCAUUUAUCCUCCUCCAUCGUGACUCUCUUAAAUUGUUUGUAUCUUAAAUUGAUCAGGGAGUCUCCAAAUCAAGCGUUUGUCCACUUGCUUUCUGGAAAAAAAAAACAUUUUAAUAAUUACUUUUUUUUUACCUGUGACACUACAGACCCCGCACCUUCAUAAAAAAGUCAGAGCCAUGGCCCUUCAUUAAAGUCACAAUAAUUGGGUUUUCACCACUUGGUGGCAGCAGAACAAGCCGGAAAAAUGCCACUCCUUUAGCUCACAUUACACAUUGAUCCACUGUUAAUCCAAAAUUGUUGAUGAAUUUUGAAACUUUUCAACAAACAUAAAACAUUUUUUCUUCUUACAAAUGAAGAGCUAAACUCAUAAUCAGCGAAACACACCGCUGCAUGUAUUUUGUUUGUUUAAUGUUUUUACAGUUAGUUAGACUUAAGUUCUGUUACGACCUAUCACUUCUGGUGACUCGUGAUAAUUCAAUUCCAUUUUAUUUGCAAAACGCCAAACUUCACAUAGAUGUUGCUUGUAACUGACGCCACAGAGUUGAGUCCCUGACUUGCACUAAUGUUAAACUACAAUGUAGCGUGUCACAGAUAUAAUUCCUUUUUUAUGCUUUUACCACAUAGAGAUACAUUUUUAGGUGCCACAGUCUAAAGUGGCUGCUCGUGAUCAACACUGAUUAAAAUGUGCAUUUUAAUGUUGGAUCAAACAACUGUGUAUAAUGUAAAGUGUUUUUUUUAAUUGUUAUUGACCAACUCUUGCUUAGUUUCUUAUGCCUCUUUGAGCUCAUGAUUGUUGCUGCCCACGACCUGACUGUCUUGGGCCUGUCCAGCAGCAAACAGCUGGCGGACAGUCAGAGAGGAGCUGGUGAGGAAAGUGGAAUAUUGCAUGUUGGAGUUUAUUAGCUAUAAAGGCCUAAGUUAACAUUAAAACAAGCCAAAGAUAUUUGAACAACCUCACAACCCCAAAGUGGAUUUAUUGCUGGCUUAUAAUAAGAGCAACAAAGCAUUAUUAAAGGAUUUUAUUACCCAUUAAGUGAGCUGUCGGUUCCCCCUCUUAUACAGAGUACCUUUGGAAACAUGGCACAAGUUUUGCUUCUGCUGCUUUACAGUGUUUUUUCGAUGCGGAACUCGUCUGGGGAAGCUCUGACGCCACUCUUCUGUCGGAGUCUGUUAACUCCUCUGUGACUCAGUAUACCCGCGGGCACUAUUUUCACCAUGGUGGACGCUCCCAGGCUCCGACACUAGCAACAGUCCCUGUCGCAGUGGUGACAGUUUGAUCACCGCUUGGUCUAACUUGAACUUUUACACUUUGGGAGAGGAGGCGUCGAGCCUGUCUGAGUGAAGCACACUUGAGUUGAAUCUAUCGCGAACUGCCGUCGGAGGAUGACGGUGGACAACUAGGAAGAGGAAGACCAUUUGAAUUGUCCCAGAACCUUUAAUGCUGAUUUUUCUUAUUUUUCUGCUUUUUUACUCAUGUAUUUGUAUAUGCCUGUGUGUCCUGACCACAUCCCUGGUCGUUCAUUUCUACCUGUUUUCUGUGGUGAUAGUGAAGAUUAGCCUUUUGAACGUUAUUAUUUUUGUGAUCCUUAAAUCAAAAGGAGUCUUUUGUAUUGUAACCACCUGUUUUUUUUGCACACAUACCUCCUCCCAAAUAUUUGUUUUUAUCAGUGCUUGUUGUAGCUUGUCAUCUCAUUUUUAUAAUGUACUUGCUGUGGUCAAAUGCAGCACAGAGUGAGCUUGAAGUAUGCUUGACAAUGGACACUACUAAUUGCAGCCUCUUGUGUUUUUAAAGUUUGACCUGUUUUUGUUCUCUUGUCCUGAAGUCGGUGGCAACACUGCCGACAAGCUGCACAAGAACCGACCGUGGUGUGGACAGAUGGAAGAGUCCGUUUCUUUUGUGUCUGUGGCCGAAACAUUGUCCAGUUAAUCGGUAGCUGCGCUUCUGACUCUGCAGUGCACCCGUGCGGAUGAAUGAUUCUUGGAAAGUACUUAGCUGAUACAUAUGGGUGACAAAUGAAAGGAAAAACCUGGAUCCAGUGGCGUCGUCCAGGAUGAGCGAAAGAAAGAAGACUCGAUUUGGUCCUCAAUCGCUGGUGUUGAAAUCGCUAUCGGAAGGGAUCUUUUCAUGGCCAGUUAUUGAGAAGAGAAACAAACGGCAGCCCAAACAACUACCGAAACCAAAAAUGCACAUGUCACGACAUGCACUAGAUUCAAUUGUCAUAGAUAUCAGUGCCCUAAAUAUGCCUGAUUAUUAUCAAGAUCCUUGAAUUAUUCCCUGGUAUAUUGAUGAAAAUGUAAAAGAUAGUGACAAAAAAGACAAACAAACAAAUCAACGGACGGGGGCGGAAACAUAACCUCAUAUCACCUCUGGUUUUUCCCCCAUUCAUUUGUCACAUCUGUGUCCCCCCCCCCCCCAUCUUCCACGAGCCUCUGCUAUGUGUGGUAGUACUUGUCCUCUGUAUUAGACCUUGUAGGCGACGUGGUGGGUACACCAUGCUGACCAAGCUUUAACGGACAGGACUAUGUUCAGUCUUUAUUGGGGUGCAACAACAAGCCAAACUUGCUCAUGUCGUAAUCACCGUUGAAUGCUAACAAGUGACUAAUGACACCAAAGCUCCCUGCAGUCACCCAGAGCUGUUGGGGGGGGGUUGUUUGCGUGGUGUAGGUAAAAUGUCUGGUGUGUGGAUUUUGCUGGAUUGUAAAUGCAAUAAAAAAAUAAAAGCUGCCUCAUCACAUUGAGGGCAACAAAUCGA